GAGGUCUGUCCCCGGUAACCGUUAUACACACACGGCGAACCUACACCGCCUCUGCUGCCUCUCCCGUUACAGCUCAGCGAUCGAGUUACGCGGCCGGGGAAAAUGUUGCAGUAGCGAAGGGAGAGAGAGAGAAACGGAGAGAGACUGCAGUAUCGCUGUAGACCGGCGGCAGCAGCAGUCCCAGGCAGUGCAGGUGAGAGGAUUAAAAAAAAAAAGCCAGAGGAGGAGGAGGAGGGGGAGGCGCGUGUGGAGGAGAGAGAGAGAGACAGAGAGUGAGAAUGCGGGACUCUUGGAAAAAGACGCAUCCACACUCGGUCCAUCACCGAGACAUCCAUCCCGAACCCAGGCUGAACAGGAUUACGUUAAAUUGAUGCUGAUGUGGAGCUCUACCUUAUAGCCCAUAAAGAGAGGAUCUUCUGUUUCUGUUUUUUGUUUUAUUUGAAAAUAAAUAUUAUGAGAAACUCGCUCUGAAAAGCACUCGUGCCUCCUCACAACUUGCGUGAAGGAAUCCGGUGGCUUGGCACGUUGCUCCACUGCGGGGAAAAAAAAGCAAAACGCAGCUGGAUCUGAAGGUAAGAAAAGAUCCGGUAACAGCAUCCCAAAGACUUUUUUUUUUAAAAGUGCUGUUUAUUCCUCUCUGGGGAUGUGAGUUAAUUUUCCUCUGCGUCCGGACAGCAGAGCAGUUUUUUUUUCCUUUUGUGUAGUGAUGCUGCAUUGCAGUUUCUAACUGUAGAAAACGCGAGAAAAGCCGCUGUCCCAAAUGUGACUGGAAAAAAAAACCCCAAACAACACACAACUUAUGAAUGGCAUAAUAAACUGACAACAUAUGAAACGGGAUAGUUCUCCAGUUCACGAUAAAGAAAGUGAGGAAGAGUGAAACGGAUUAAUCAGAGGCUGAUGAAUUAGUGUUUUCUUUUUUCGCAGCGGGAUGGAUUUUUUGGCAAAUCGGUGGCAUGAGCAGCGCAGCACUGGAGCGGGAUCAUUAUUGUAGAAGUUGAAAUUCAGUGAUCAUUGGAAUGAACUACUGAGAGUGCAGAAGCUUUUUCCCCGGAUCUCAGGCGGCAGUCCGCAGAGAGCGAUAGGGAGAAGAAAGGAUAAAUCAAACACCCACGCUGUGAGAUACAUUAGACCACAAAACACCAAUAAAGAAGAGACAAACCGCACCUCAGAGGCAAACAGAGCGGGAAGGACAGACGAGAAGGAGCCAUGCAGAGGCUUGGUGCAGUGCACUCCUCCGCAGCGCAGGCUCUCAGCCUCGUGGUCUUAGCGCUGCAGCUGCUGACUCAGCUACCGAGUGCCGACUCAGCUCUCCGGUACCGGGUAGCGGAGGAGGGUCCACCUGACGUCAAGAUUGGCAACGUGGCCAUCGACCUAGGCCUCACGGCGAGUUCAGGCAAUGGGGAUGUCACCUUCGCCCUGGAGAGCGGCUCAGAGUACUUCAAGAUUGACAAUGUGACAGGUGAGCUGACAACAGGCACACGGCGCAUCGACAGAGAGAAGCUCCCACAGUGCCAGAUGAUAUUUGAUGAAAACGAGUGUUUCUUGGACUUUGAGGUAUCAGUGAUAGGACCACUGCAGAGCUGGGUAGACCUGUUUGAAGGCCGCGUAGUCAUAACAGACAUCAAUGACAACACACCAUCCUUCCCUUCACCUGUGCUCCAGCUCUCAGUUGAGGAAAAUCGUCCAAUAGGGACCCUUUACUUGCUGCCCACAGCAACAGACAGGGAUUUUGGGCGAAAUGGUAUUGACCGUUAUGAGUUAAUCCAGGAUGGUGGAGCUGGUUCAAGUUCCACAAGACGCACAACUGGUGGAAAUCCCACAACUAGAGUAGAUGGACUAGGGGACCGAAGGGGUAGAAGUGGAGACAAUGGAGGGGGAGUCAGGAGCAGUGUGUUUGAAUUACAAGUUGCAGACAUACCAGAUGGUGAAAAACAACCACAGCUUAUUGUGAAAGGAACAUUGGAUCGUGAGCAAAAAGACUCAUAUGAGCUAGUCCUUAGGGUUCGAGACGGAGGGAACCCACCUCGGUCCUCCCAGGCCCUGCUUCGUGUUUCCAUAACCGAUGUGAAUGACAACAGCCCACAGUUUGAGAGGUCCACGUAUGAGGCAGAAAUGGCAGAAAAUGCUCCUCCAGGUACACCUGUUCUCCAGGUCAGAGCUUCAGACCGCGACAUUGGUGUCAAUGGGCAGGUGGAGUAUGUUUUUGGAGUUGCCACUGAAUCUGUCAGGCGUCUCCUGCGGCUGGAUGAGGCAACUGGAUGGCUGAGUGUUCUCCACAGGAUCGACAGGGAAGAGGUGGCUCAACUGAGGUUCACAGUAAUGGCCAAGGACAGGGGUCAGCCUCCCCGCACUGACCGAACCACUGUGGUUUUGGCUGUCCGGGAUGAAAAUGAUAAUGUCCCAGUAGUAGAGAUUCGAAAGAUUGGACGGAUCCCUGUUCGAGAUGGUGCAGCGUUAGUACCAGAGAACGUUCUGGUGGACACACCAGUCGCCCUGGUACAGGUGUCAGACCGAGACCAGGGAGAGAAUGGGGCUGUGACAUGCACAGUGGUGGGUGAUGUCCCAUUCACACUGAAGCCAGCUGGUGAAACACUGCUCCCACCCCUACCUGCAGAUGAAGCCUUUGACAGGAACAAGAAGAAAUACUUCUUACACACUUCUGCCCUGCUGGACUAUGAGGCCACCAAAGAUUACAGUGUUACCAUUGUGGCAGUAGAUUCUGGAAGCCCCAGUCUGUCCAGUAACAGCUCACUGAUGGUGCGAGUGGUAGAUAUUAAUGAUCAUGCUCCAACCUUUGCCCAGAGUGUUGUGGAGGUUCACUUUGCUGAGAACAACUCACCCGGUGAAAGGGUAGUCACUGUGGUGGCCACAGAUGCAGACAGUGGCAAGAAUGCAGAGAUUGCAUACUCCUUGGACCCUGCUGCUAAUGGGCCAUUUUAUAUCGACGCAGAUAAUGGCGAUAUCCGUGCCAAUGGGGUUCUGGACCGUGAACAGCGAGAGAGGUAUGAACUCAGAGUUAUCGCCAAGGACAAGGGCACCCCCUCUCUGCAAGGCUCCGCCACCGUUGUUGUUCAGGUGACCGACCGCAAUGACAAUGCACCAAAGUUUGUUCAGGAAAUCUUUACAUUCUACGUCAAAGAGAACCUGCUUGCCAACAGCCCAGUUGGCAUGGUCACUGUGACUGAUGCUGACGAGGGUGAGAAUGCAGAACUUAGUUUGUUUGUAGAUAUGGAUGGAGUUGAUGAGAAGAAGGCAGGAGAGCAGACUGUGGGAGAAGACGGAGAGAAAGAGCAAGAUGAAGAGGUGUUUUCCAUUGAGAACAACACAGGGACUAUUUUCUCUUCUGCAUCGUUUGACCGUGAAAAGCUUUCCACUUACACUUUCCGUGUACGAGCUGUGGACGGAGGGGAGCCUCGCAAAACUGCCACUGCCACUGUCUCGCUCUUUGUGACAGAUGAAAAUGACAAUGCCCCAUCAAUCACUUCUCCAGCCAAUGAGUCCUACACCCUUCUUCCACCCGCCAGCAGCGCCCGCACCAUAGUCAGGACUGUAACGGCGAUAGAUUCAGACACAGGCCCAAAUGCAGACCUUCGCUAUGCUCUAGUGGGAGGAAAUCCCUUCAGACUGUUUGAAAUUGGCCACACCAAUGGAGUGAUCACCCUGGCAGAACCCCUGGAGCGCCGCCACAGAGGUUUGCAUCGCCUGGUGGUCCGGGUCAAUGACAGUGGAGUGCCCUCUCUCUGUGCCACUGCCUUGGUUCAUGUCUUCAUCAAUGAAAGCUUGGCCAAUGCCACCCUAGUGGAUGCACAGGUGGCCCGAAGCCUGAUGGCUCCACUCUCACUGGACAUCGCAGGGGACCCAGACAGUGAGCGUGCUUUAGGGAAACAGCGCCUAAGUGUAGCCAUUGGUGUCCUGGCGGGAGCCGCAGCGGUCAUCCUGGUGAUUCUCCUUGUAGUCACAGCUCGGCAAUGUGGUGCUCAGGGCAAGAAUGGCUAUGAGGCUGGUAAAAAGGAACCAGAGGAAGACUUCUUCAGUCCUUCAGGGGCUCAACCACAGGCCGGCCGUGGCGGGGGAUCAGACCGUGGACGCAAACCUCGACGAGACAGACGUAAUGGAAGCGGUGGAAGUGCAGCUACAGGAGGAGGGAAGUCAGACAGAUCCCUCUACAGCGGUAUUGUCACAGUCAAUGGACUGCGCCGUCAUGCCAAUGACGAUGAUGAAGAGGAUUUGAGUAGUGCUAGCGAGCGCCUGGCAGCCCGCUACUGUGCUAUGGACAGUGACCCCGGCAGCCCCCGGCUGAGCGGAGGCAGGAGGCACCAGUCAAGCCCAGAUCUGGCCAGGCACUACAAAUCCAGCUCACCUCUCCCUGCCGUGAACCUACAGCCCCACUCCCCCCCUGCUGAAGGAAAGAAGCACCAGGCGGUCCAGGAGCUGCCUCCCUCCAACACCUUUGUCGGCAGUGGAGUUUGUGUGGGGAGUGCCGGCUCCAGCAGCAGCAGUAGUGGGGGCAGUGGCAAUGCAGAUGCCAUGUCCCUGGGAUCUGACCAGUGCUCAGAGUAUGGCUGCCAGACUGGGAACAAGUACAGCAAACAGGGAACCCUUCGCCGAGUGACCUUCUCAGUAGUCAGUCAGCCACAGGAUGGCGGUUGCUACGACAGUGGCCUGGAGGACUCGGAGACACCAAGCAGCAAGAGUUCAUCGGGGCCACGACUGGGAUCCCUGCCGCUGCCUGAGGAAGGCUAUGAGCGAACCACACCAGAGGGCAGUGUGGGGGAGGAAGAGCAUGUGGAGAAUGAUGCCAGACAGCUGCCAGAUGUAGCUUUGACAGGAAAGUGUACCAGGGAAUGUGAUGAGUUUGGCCACUCUGACACUUGUUGGAUGCCUGUCCGCUCUUCGCCUCGUCAACGUCAGCGCCACGGCAGCGACCCCCCACGGCUCUCCACCUUCGCCCCAGGAGACGAUAACAACAAUCUCCGUGGCAACAACCAUGAGAGUGAUAGUGAGAGUGCUGGCAGCGCAGGGAGCUCAGAACCUGGGGUGGUCGUCAGUGGAGAAGGUCAGAGAUUACCCUUAGUCAACGGGGAUCCACUCGGCACCCUUGGUAGAGGAGAUCGCAACAGAAACAUGGGUGAUCACAAUCGUAACCUUCUGAAUCGCAAGAUGACAUCAGCAUCCUAUGACACAUUUAGCAGUGCAGGCUUUGGGAGGCGCCAGCAAGAGGAGGAAGGAAGAGAAGGCCAGAACCCACCUGAGGUCAUACCACUGACGCGGACAGGAGGGGACUACAAGACCACAUCCUGCCUCACAUUGUCACGCCGUGAGGUCUACCUGUGACAACCUUGCAAUGGAGCAAUCAUCACCACACCAUUCCCUUUCCUAAUAAAAGAGGGAGGGUUAAAACUUUACUGGCAAAUCAUCAGCUUGGAGGGCCUUUUAAACUUGCGAAGAUGUGAAAAUGUCAAGAAAUAUGUUUCCCAAAAGCCGAAUUUCCCAAAUUUAAAUGUUUGGAAUCUGAUUAAUAUUUAUAGGCUCUUAAACUUAAGAAAGUGAUGGAUCAACUCUUGGAAAGCUCUGACCACAUGUACUUUCCUAAAAAUGUUUUUUAACAACUAGUGAAAUUGCCUACAGGCAAAGAUCUUAUUAUGUCCAUGUGGAGGAGGACAACUUCAUUUCCUCUUCUUUUUACCUGAAUUCAAUGCAUGCCUGACUCUCUGCUACAGAGGGAUGCGUGUGAGGAAGAGAAAGACUGAGACUGAGCAAAUCCUGAUGCCGUAAAGGCUUCAGUGCAUAAAAACUUUCACUGAGGCUACAGCAGGUCAGAUUUGGACUCAACUGGUGAGCCAGAGGUCUUAACCAGUAACGGGUGUUGGAGUUUGGAUAUAAUUCAAACCAAUCAAAUUUUUUAAUGCCUAAUCAACUCUAUCAUAACAUAAUAUGGGAAUAUUAAUAUUCCAACUGCUAAUCCAGUGAGAAUCUCAAGUCAUAAACUGUGUACAGUUACAUGAUAGAAAAAAAUGUGAUCUAAAAAAAAUCAGGUAAUGUUCUUUAAAAACUUAAAUGAUUAAGAGCAAACUGCAACAAGAGAAAAGAGUCAUUUUUUUAGGGUAAUCAAAUGUAACCAUUCAGAAUACAAGGUUCUCAUAGUGUCAGUAGUGCCCCAUUAUUGCGGUGUGUAUGAAAAUGUGUUUAUUAUUUUGCUUUCACACCUGUAUGUAUAUAUUGUAUGUGUGUAUUUGAUAAAACAGCAGUGUUACCUCUCUGCUGCUGUUCACCAUUUCAGAGUAGAGUGAGGUGCUGCUACACACCUACUGUAUCCUAACAGUGUUCAUGUACCACAAAAUUGUCACACACACACACACACACACACACACACACACAUUCUGUAUACACAUGCACGCUUGUAAGCACUCGCACACAUAGACCUUGGCAUGUAAACACAAACUCAUACAGUGCAUUUACCGAAUGUGAACAUGCUUAGAGCCACAGUUUAUGACAUGAUUCAGUGGCCGUGUAACAUGAAGUAUAUAAUAACUUGCAUUAACUUUCAUACAGAAAACAUUAAGAACACACACAAAAAUACAUGCUGUAGAGCAUACUAACACGUUAGUAGAAACUCACAUCCAUAUUAAGAGGUGCGCAAUGCGCAAUUCAUAUGCACUGUGUGUAUGUGCUCUGAGUCAUAAUUUUUCAACAUACUGCCUUUCAUUAAACUACCUGUAACAUUUUGCCUGCUCCCCUGCAGCCAGUAUUUAAACAUGACGCAUAUUUAAAUAAUUACUCAUCUCUCUGACUGAUGUGUGGGGCUACAUUAAAGGGAGUUCAAUGACAUCUACUGUAUGUAAUGUUAGGCAAUGUGGGAAUAUCAGAUAUUCUGCAUACUGUAAGUAGGACUCAUAGAAAAACCAAAUUUCUGUAAUUGCUGUAAGAAAAAAGGAAAAGAAAAAAGACUGCAUGAAAGAAAGCUAAUGCUAACUUUUUUUCUCUCUUUCUUAAAUGACACGCCUUUUUGGACACCACGCCUACUUGGACACAUCUAAAUGCGUGCACUUAUGGGGAAAUGGAGAUAAUGAUGGCAGCAAGGGAGUUAGCAUCAGUGAUUUAAACUGUUCCUUCUUUAUUGUGGGAUGAGUUCGGGCUAACCUUGGCCUUUUCUGUCAGUUUCAAUAGCCCGGAGUUGGCACAAAGCUUGCCACAGGCUGUAACAACAAAGAACACAAUGUCUUGAGAGCGCAGAGUUCCGCUGUAACCCUUUUGCACCACACAGUGCUGACCUUAACACACCCAUAUCGCUGUGCUGAACUGCUCAGAUAACCGAUUCCUUCACAUUUGUCCUUCCCAGCAGCUACUGCACGACUCCAGACACACACUGCCUCAUUGGGCUGAAGAGUGGGUGUGGAUCGAGGCCAGCACAUCUUAAUUCCCAUCAUCAGUGUGUGGUUCAGUGGUGUGAUAAGGAUAAUAGGGUUAGGUCGUCCCUGUGGUCUUAAUGAGUUUCCUUUCUCCUCUCUUCUCCUUCCUUGAUCUGCACUGAUCUCAUUAAUGUCUGGAUAGGCAAAUGUAACUCUGCUGGAAAUUGCUGGUAAGUGUGUCUCUUCAUUUUUACUGGUUGUUUUGGAGCAGAUGAGGCUAAAGAGACAUGCUUGUUAAGGAUGUACUGCAUUUAGUCAGGAAAUAGAUCCUUGGAGUUGGAAACCCAAGCAACUCUCAGGUAAGAUGUGUGACCAUGUUUAUCCUGUUAACAAACUACUUAUGGUUUUGGCCACAAACCCCCACACUGUUGUUGCUUGACUGUCCCCUCACUGAAAAGAAAACUUGUGUGGAAGCAGUACAGUAAGUACCACGGUUCCUCCUUAGAUUUUUCAGUAGUUAUCUGGCUGAGAAAGCGUGUGCUUUAUGUGUGUGAUUGCAGCUUAUAUACCUUCAACUUUGCAACCCUUUAUCAUGUUCUAGGCCACUGAUGUACUUCUUCCCUAAGCCUUCAUUACCCCCAUAUCCCCAGCAUGGCUGUUUACUGAGCUCUGUCAUUGAUGGACUGUGCUGAGGAUGUAACAAAACUCAAGGCCUGACAUGAAAUGACUGUUCAUGGAGAGUUCACGAUGAAAGAGGAUUGAUUAAAACAAUCAAAAACAUCCUGCAGGGUACAUACACUGAGACAGAUUGACGUAUGCUCAUUCUCUGGGAUAAAUGUGUCCCAAUCCCUUGGAUGACAGAAAGGUGUUGAAGAAUUAACGUCUAACUCGUUGCGAGUUUUGGAAAGAGACUCUUGACACAGCCCUGCCUCAUCAAAGUGGCAGAUAUUUAUACAAACUGCAGUUUUAUGGCAGUUCCAUUAUGGCACCUUUCAAACCCACUGAUCCAGAUUUAAUCGAACUUGCUGUACAUGAAUCUGUGUGGAUGUGUAACUUUUUUUAUACUGCACGUUUAAACAUGAAUAUGUCGACAGCAAAACAGAGAGGGGAGACAGACAAACAAGAGCGUAACAUCUGAGACCUAUCACCCACUAAUCAAGACAUUUUGUAAAACAGACACUUCAACGGACAUCAUGUACCUGUCAUCCCCCUCGUGCUGUAUUCCUUAUAGCCAUGUACAAAUAAAACUACACUGUAGAACAGACAACUGGAAUUCAUAGCAGACAAUGGCAUGCUUAAGGUCUUCAAAUCUGCACUUGAGAAAAAAUGAGAAAAAAAAAACUUUUUAUUUUUCUCAUCUUUGUUUUUUCUUACGGGGCUGAUUGUGUUUUUUUGCUGCUCCCUUCCUGUAAUUACAUAAUAAACUAAUUGCAUUUGCUAUGAUGAGGAAGAAGCGGACCUGUCGACAAAUGGUUUGGUAUGAAAAUGAAUCAUGUAAAAGUUUGUCAUUAAA